GGUGAAUUCAAUAAAAUCGACAGGUGCGAUUUCGACCUCGAGAUUUGGGAAGUGGGCCGAACGCGAUGUCGACCGUCCAAGGAGUGGACGCCAGUACACGCGUCGGCGACGUCGCGGCCGCUUCGUCCGAGGAUGGCAGGGAGCACGCCGUGGUGGUCGAGAAGAUUGCGCCUGAAAUGGCAGGGCAGGAAUUUGCCGUCGGGCUGUACAUGUCUAUGUGGCCCAAAGUCGAAAAGUGCGACCAGUACGUGUCGAUGCUGCUGGAGACGCAAGAACAACUGCACCACAAGAUCAAGGCGUUGACAGAGACGCUGACGGGAGCCAAGGAUGGCCGCGCCAAUCUGGACGAGUCGCAGUCGCCAUUGGUGGACUAUGCCGUGCGUCUGCGCGGGUUUCCGAACCGUGUUCAAGUGCUUCAACAAAAACUGGAAGGCAUUCGAUCCCUUUUGAAUGCAGUCAAGGCAUCCCAGCUUGGAAGCAACCCCACUACCCCCGUCAAGGGGAGUGCACCGAAUCCCUCUACAUCUAUCGAGGCAGAGCCCAUGGCACCGUCGAUGGGCCACAUCACCGGCGAAUAGACAAUGAACUGUCCGUCCGACUUUCUGUAUGGUACGAACAGUCGUAGUCAACUCAACAGUGGGCAUCGAUAAGCAGCUAUAUUUAAUGUGGUGGCGUGCCUGAGCAUGCCGACAACAUAAUGAUGGUCAAGUCGCCGACCGCGCGAUGGAUUUCGUCGCUGUUUCCGCUGUGU